AUAAUGGAGGUGUGGUUUGAAGGGUGAAGCCAGCCCCUUCUCAUGAGAACUAUUUAUACCUUUAAGAGAUCAAACUAAAACUCACUUGUACCUCACCAUCACAACAUGUAUCUCCUCAUUCUGGUCCUUGGGAUUGUGCUUCUCCCUGAAGCCAGUACUCUACAAUGCCAUCAGUGCACAUCAGGACCGAAUGGAACCGAAUGCAAUGAAACAAUAACACAAUGCCCUUCAGAGAAGUAUCAGUGUGCUGCAGUAAGAAUCGUGUAUUAUAAAGAUGGUUUAGAACUUUAUCAUGAAUUUGGAAAAGUAUGUAGUUUACCUGAGGAGUGUGUUGACCACUCAAUGAACUAUGGAUACUACAGAGGCGUAUUUAUCACCAAGUGUUGCAGCACCGACCUCUGCAACAGCCAACCUGUCCCAGAGGUCACUCCACCCGUUCAAAAUGGCAGGAAGUGUUUCACCUGUGACGGACAAACAUGCACCAAAACUCUAAACUGCCUGGGGGAAGAGGACCGCUGUUUCUCAACAACAUUAGACUCUGUGGACGGAAAUGAGCCUGCGAAGGGCUGCAUCUCCCAGUCAGCCUGCUCACUAACAGAUAGCCCCCUACCUGACUUUAACUGCUGUCAGGGCGACUACUGCAACAGUGAAACUUCCAGUACCCUGAGAUGUUAUCAAUGCACACCAGGACAGACUGGAACCUGCACUGAAACAACAGCACAAUGCCCUGCACAGGGAAAUCAGUGUGCUGCACUAAGAGUUGUGUCUUAUGCAGGUGGUUCAGAAGUUUUGAAUGUCACAGGAAAAUCAUGUGCUUUGCCUGAUGAGUGUGGAGAGCACUCACUCAACUUAGGAGUCUCCAGAACCGUAUUUACCACCAACUGUUGUAACACUGACCUCUGCAACACCCAACCUGCCCCAGAACCCAGCAAAACCAAUCCAAAUGGCAAAAAGUGCUUCACUUGUGAUGAACAAGGGUGCAAUGCAACUGUAAACUGCCUGGGGAAUGAGGACCACUGCAUCUCACUAACAGUGAGUGCAGAAGGCCAAAAGGUGACAUUGAAGGGCUGCUCCUCCAAUGUAAUCUGCACAAACAAGGAACUUGCUCAGGUGAUAGGAGCUGCUGGAGCAGAAAUGAGCUGCUGUCAGGAAGACUACUGCAACAGCGGCAGCAGUACAAGUACUCCAACUACUAGUACAACUACUACUCCAACUACUACUCCAACUACUACUCCAACUACUACUCCAACUACUAGUACAACUGCUAGUACAAGUGCUGGCCUCUUGUUGCUGGUGGCACCACUGAUCUCUUUGGUUCUGAGCUGAUGGAGAAAGAAGAAUCACUGCCCAGAUUUGCUUCGCAUCACUGUGUAGACUCGUAGCACUUACUGUCUCACACAUGACCUUAAGUGAUAUGUGAGAAGUUUAGUAACCAACAGGAAAAAAUAAAAAUAUUUUCUGCUUCUAGCUUUCUUUUUUUAAAUGUUGAUCAUGUCUUGUCUCCAAAUAAAAUAGAUUAAAAGAAUAAAACCAAAUAAAAAAAUAUAUUCAUUUAUGAUUUUUGUUCUUAGUUCCAGUGGAAACUAAAUAAAAUCUAAUCUAAAUCACUGA